AUUUGAUGCUUAAUUUCCUAUUUUAAUAUAGAAACAUAUUAUAGAGUAUUUUAAUUUCCUAUGAUCUAGUUGGAUUGGAUUAUAUUACUAGAAAGGGAAGCAUAAGUUGCAUGAUUUUCUUUUAACUAGUUGCUGAUAUAUAUGUUUAGUUUUGUUACUGGCUUAGAUUUAAGUGGAUAAGUGAUGAAAGGAUAUGAUAUGAUUGUUACUUAUCUAAACGUCAAACUAAACAUUCGAUCUCUUAUUAAAUUAUUCCUUACAAAAAUUCCAAGUUAUUUCCGUAGGGAUUAAAAAGACUCAGGUGAAGGGAUAACAAAUAAUCCUAUAAAUACAUCCCCAAAUCAUCACUCACCAUAUUAUCCAAAACAUCAGAGUACCCACACAUAAACAAACAUAAAGGGCAGGAAGAUGAAUUCUGUACAACAACUUCCUGUGCAGUUACGUAAUGUUACCAACUCCAAGAAGGCUACUACAGAGAAGAGAAGGUCGAUGACACUUCCUUCAAACGGCAAUAAGCCAGAGAGCAAGCCAACGAUUCAUGAUCACGACGUGGACAAAAGCGCAGAAGCCUUCAUCCAAAACUUCAGGAGACAGCUUCUUCUUCAGGGCGAUGAUUGAUAUAUAACUUAUGUACAUAAGAAAGGAGAUCAUGUCUCAUGUGUGAUUAUUCCAUAGCAUAUCUAAACUUGACCUAGCUACUAGAUCUGCAUGCUUCCAAUGUUUCAAUUGUGCUAUAAGUAACAUCUCUUUCGUUUUCAUAAAUGUUACCAAGCAAACAACUAUCAAAAGAGA